AUGGUUUAUCCGGUUUAAGAGAUGGAAAGGAAGAAAGAGGGUCAUUUUGUGCUAGUUCACGGAGCCUGCCAUGGAGCUUGGUGUUGGUAUAAAGUGAUAGUUCAGCUCAAAUCAAUGGGCCAUAAGGUUACAGCUUUGGACAUGGCUGGUUACGGUGUUCAUGCUAAGCAAGUUCAUGAGAUUCACUCGUUUUUCGAUUACUUUGAACCUCUGAUGCCCUUCAUGGCGUCUCUAAAACCAGAGGAGAAGGUGAUUCUAGUGGGUCACAGUCUUCGUGGGUAUAGCAUAUCAGCUGCCAUGGAACAAUUCCAUGAACAAGUUGCUGUUGCAGUAUUCGCCACUGCUUUCAUGCCAAGUCCAAAUCUGCCGUAUCUUUCUCAACAGUUCGAUAAAACAAUGGAUUCUGACAAGACCAUGGACACAGCGUAUGUGUUCCCCAAUGGAACAGAUAAGCCUCCAUCAGGACUAUUGGGGCCUAAUUUCAUGGCAACCAAGUUAUACCAGUUAUCCCCACCUGAGGAUUUAGCGCUGGCACUGACUUGGGUCAGACAUGUUGGUCUCUUUCGUGAUGAAGAAUCAAUCAAGGCUGUUGCAGUCACCAAGGAGAAGUAUGGAUCGGUUCAUCGAGUUUUCGUCGUGUGCUGCAAAGAUCAUGUCAUUAAAGAAGAAUACCAUAGGUGGAUGAUCGAAAACAAUCCACCCGAUGAGGUGAGGUCGAUUUCGGAUUCGUAUCAUACGGUCAUGUUUUCAAAACCCGACGAACUGUGCUCUUGCCUUCAAGAAAUUGCAGACAAAUACAUUAGAGGAAGCCAUUGAUGGCUACUCUCA